AUGUACAUCUCCGGCCAGCUGGGGAUAGACGUGGCCUCAGGGAAGCUGGUGGAGGGAGGGGUACAGGCUCAAGCCAGACAGGUGAGAGAUGGUGGAGGGGGGGGGGGCUCAGGUGAGAGAUGGUGGAGGGAGGGAGAGGAGAGAUGGCAGAGGGGGAGGGUGAGAGAUGGUGGAUGGAGAGGGGGGAGAUGGGAGUGGUUGGAGUGUUAGUGGAAGGUGCUAGAUAGGGGAGGGGGAGGUGAGAGAUGAGGGAGGGGGAGAGAUGGUGGAGGGGGGAGAGAUGGUGGGGGGGAGAGAUGGUGGGGGGGGGAGAGAUGGUUGAGGGGGGGAGAGAGAUGGUUUUGAGGGGGGAGAGAGAGAUGGUUUGAGGGGGGGAGAGAUGGUGUGAGGGGGGAGAGAUGGUUGAGGGGGGGAGAGAGAUGGUGGAGGGGAGGUGAGAGAUGGUGGAGGGGGGAGAGAUGGUGGAGGGGGGAGAGAUGGUGGAGGGGAGGUGAGAGAUGGUGGGCGGGAGGGAGAGAUGGUGGAGGGGGGGAGAGAGAUGGUGGAGGGGGGAGAGAGAUGGUUGAGGGAAGGUGAGAGAUGGUUGAGGGGGGAGAGAGAUGGUGGAGGGAGGGAGAGAUGGUUGAGGGGAGGUGAGAGAUGGUGGAGGGGGGGAGAGAUGGUGGAGGGGGGAGAGAGAUGGUGGAGGGGGGAGAGAGAUGGUUGAGGGAAGGUGAGAGAUGGUGGAGGGGGGAGAGAGAUGGUUGAGGGGAGGUGUCUGAAUGAUCAAGGUAAAAUAUAAUUAUAUUAUAAUACUUAUAGUAUUAGUCAUGUUAGUCAUGUUAGUACUUAUUACAGCCUCCCUCCUCCAUCACCAACCCUUCCCUCACCUCCUCCCUCCUCCCUCCUCCCUCCUCCAUCACCAACCCUUCCCUCACCUCCUCCCCCAACAGGCUCUGGUCAAUAUGGGAGAGAUCCUGAAUGCAGCUGGAUGUGGUUAUGAUAAUGGUGAGACUCUUUAAAAUAUAUAUAUAUAUAUAUCAUCAGAUGAACAAGAAUGAAUGUAUGUUUAUUAAAUGUAAAAGACAAGAAAUGAUUAGAUUAAUUCCAGCUGAGAUCUAAAGACUAAUCUGAAAUGUGUAUCUGACAGACUUCUUUACUUUUGUCUCUUUCAGUCGUCAAGACAACUGUGCUGUUGGCAGACAUAAAUGACUUUGUCUAUGUCAACAAUGUUUAUAAGACAUGUAAGUGUUUGACCUGACAAUGUUAGGGGCUAAGGGUUAUGGGAGAAUCUCAAUUAUAUGUAUUUGUUUGCUCACGUCCUGUCGCUUCCUGCUCAAAACACACAAGGAGAGCGAAUACAAAUCAAUUGAGAUUCUCCCCAUGUCCGCAUCUAACGUUUGAGUUUAGUCCACCUCGUCAUAAUGUCCUGCAUGUCCACAACUGUCCACACGAUGGCGCCCUGUACCCUGAAUAACGGCACUUCUCUGUCAGGAUCUGUUGGCCACUUGUUCUGUGUGCCUAGUGCAUAAUAUUGAAUACUUACUUUAGACCCAGCAUUCUUCAGUAGCACAUUCAUACAUGUCUGAAAGGACAACAGAUACAUAAACUCAGCAAAAAAAGAAACGUCCUCUCACUGUCAACUAAGUUUAUUUUCAGCAAACUUAACAAGUGUAAAUAUUUGUAUGAACAUAACAAGAUUCAACAACUGAGACAUAAACUGAACAAGUUCCACAGACAUGUGACUAACAGAAAUGGAAUAAUGUGUCCCUGAACAAAGGGGGGGUCAAAAUCAAAAGUAACAGUCAGUAUCUGGUGUGGCCACCAGCUGCAUUAAGUACUGCAGUGCAUCUCCUCCUCAUGGACUGCACCAGAUUUGCCAGUUCUUGCUGUGAGAUGUUACCCCACUCUUCCACCAAGGCACCUGCAAGUUCCCAGACAUUUCUUGGGGGGGUGGCCCUAGCCCUCACCCUCCGAUCCAACAGGUCCCAGACGUGUUCAAUGGGGCUCUUCGCUGGCCAUGGCAGAACACUGACAUUCCUGUCUUGCAGGAAAUCACGCACAGAACGAGCAGUAUGGCUGGUGGCAUUGUCAUGCUGGAGGGUCAUGUCAGGAUGAGCCUGCAGGAAGGGUACCACAUGAGGGAGGAGGAUGUCUUCCCUGUAACGCACAGCGUUGAGAUUGCCUGCAAUGACAACAAGCUCAGUCCGAUGAUGCUGUGACACAUCGCCCCAGACCAUGACGGACCCUCCACCUCCAAAUCGAUCCCGCUCCAGAGUACAGGCCUCGGUGUAACGCUCAUUCCUUCGACGAUAAACGUGAAUCCGACCAUCACCCCUAGUGAGACAAAACCGCGACUCGUCAGUGAAGAGCACUUUAUGACAGUCCUGUCUGGUCCAGCGAUGGUGGGUUUGUGCCCAUAGGCGACGUUGUUGCCGGUGAUGUCUGGUGAGGACCUGCCUUACAACAGGCCUACAAGCCCUCAGUCCAGUCUCUCUCAGCCUAUUGCGGACAGUCUGAGCACUGAUGGAGGGAUUGUGCUUUCCUGGUGUAACUCGGGCAGUUGUUGUUGCCAUCCUUUACCUGUCCCGCAGGUGUGAUGUUUGGAUGUACCGAUCCUGUGCAGGUGUUACACGUGGUCUGCCACUGCGAGGACGAUCAGCUGUCCGUCCUGUCUCCCUGUAGGGUUGUCUUAGGCGUCUCACAGUACGGACAUUGCAAUUUAUUGCCCUGGCCACAUCUGCAGUCCUCCUGCCUCCUUGCAGCAUGCCUAAGGCACGUUCACGCAGAUGAGCAGGGACCCUGGGCAUCUUUCUUUUGGGGUUUUUCAGAGUCAGUAGAAAGGCCUCUUUAGUGUCCUAAGUUUUCAUAACUGUGACCUUAAUUGCCUACCAUCUGUAAGCUGUUAGUGUCUUAACGACCGUUCCACAGGUGCAUGUUCAUUAAUUGUUUAUGGUUCAUUGAACAAGCAUGGGAAACAGUGUUUAAACCCUUUACAAUGAAGAUCUGUGAAGUUAUUUGAAUUUUUACGAAUUAUCUUUGAAAGGCAGAAAUUGAUGCAUAGCUGUACCUCUGCCCUUCAUAAUUAAACUCUUGUCUGGCUUUGCCUUGCCAAGGUACGUUUCCCAUAGUUCCUUUUCCAGAGGCCUCAAUGGCACUCUGGCUGCAUAGGUAUUUCCUCUUUGAUCACAGUGGAACUGAACCCUGGUGUGUGUCAGAGUGGAAGAGGAUACAGGGAAGCUCUGUGAAACCCAACCCGACCCAACCCUCUCCCUGGGUCCUGCCUGAAACCCGACCCGACCCAACCCUCUCCCUGGGUCCUGCCUGUAGCCACACGGUUCCAGUCAGCCAAAACUGCAACCAGCCAUGAAGUUCAUAGAACUAGAUCUAAUAUAUGGCCUGGAGAAUACGUCUCAUGUCCAUGACCUUAGUUUAGAGUGAAUACUACCAACUGUACUCUCAAGCAGUGUGGUAAAAAGAGGCAGAAGCUUGGACCAGCUGGGUGAUUUUGAAGUGGUCAUGAAUAUAUGAUGUGAUGUGGUUAUGGAGAGGACAUACUUUCUUAAUGGCACAGUGUUCAGCCAGGUGUUCAGCCAGGUGUUCAGCCAGGUGUUCAGCCAGGUUUUCAGCCAGUUUUUCAGCCAGGUUUUCAGCCAGGUUUUCAGCCAGGUGUUCAGCCAGGUGUUCAGCCAGGUGUUCAGCCAGGUUUUCAGCCAGGUUUUCAGCCAGGUGUUCAGCCAGGUGUUCAGCCUGGAGUAUAUUUGUUACUACUCCUUGUCAUUCAGAGUCUAGACCUUCCCUGCUUAUUAAAGUUUCUUUGGAAACGUCCUUUCAGUAUAAAAAUGAUUGGAAUUAGUCCUACUGUAAUUCAGUAUGAUUUGGGGAAAUUGUUUGUACAAUGUACUUUCUUUUUUUCAUUCAGUUUUCAACAAAAACUUCCCUGCCAGAGCUGCCUACCAGGUUGCUGCCCUCCCCAGAGUAAGCACCAUAACCACACGUAUCUAACCCUGACCCUCCCCAGAGUCAGCACCAUAACCACACGUAUCUAACCCUGACCCUCCCCAGAGUCAGCACCAUAACCACACGUAUCUAACCCUAACCCUCCCCAGAGUCAGCACCAUAACCACACGUAUCUAACCCUGACCCUCCCCAGAGUCAGCACCAUAACCACACGUAUCUAACCCAUAACCCUCCCCAGAGUCAGCACCAUAACCACACGUAUCUAACCCUGACCCUCCCCCAGAGUCAGCCACCAUAACCACACGUAUCUAACCCUAACCCUCCCCAGAGUCAGCACCAUAACCACACGUAUCUAACCCUAACCCUCCCCAGAGUAGGAACCAUAACCACACGUAUCUAACCCUAACCCUCCCCAGAGUCAGCACCAUAACCACACGUAUCUAACCCUCCCCAGAGUAGGAACCAUAACCACACGUAUCUAACCCUCCCCAGAGUAGGAACCAUAACCCACACGUAUCUAACCCUAACCCUCCCCAGAGUCAGCACCAUAACCACACGUAUCUAACCCUAACCCUCCCCAGAGUAGGAACCAUAACCACACGUAUCUAACCCUAACCCUCCCCAGAGUCAGCACCAUAACCACACGUAUCUAACCCUAACCCUCCCCAGAGUAGGAACCAUAACCACACGUAUCUAACCCUAACCCACCCCAGAGUCAGCACCAUAACCACACGUAUCUAACCCUAACCCUCCCCAGAGUAGGAACCAUAACCACACGUAUCUAACCCUAACCCUCCCCAGAGUAGGAACCAUAACCACACGUAUCUAACCCUAACCCUAACCCUAACCCUAAUCCCCAGAGUAGGCACCAUAACCACACGUAUCUAACCCUCCCCAGAGUCAGCACCAUAACCACACGUAUCUAACCCUCCCCAGAGUCAGCACCAUAACCACACGUAUCUAACCCUAACCCAGAGUCAGCACCAUAACCACACGUAUCUAACCCUAACCCACCCCAGAGUCAGCACCAUAACCACAUGUAUCUAACCCUAACCCUCCCCCAGAGUCAGCAACCAUAACCACACGUAUCUAACCCUAACCCUCCCCCAGAGUAGGAACCAUAACCACACGUUAUCUAACCCUAACCCUCCCCAGAGUAGGCACCAUAAACCACACGUAUCUAACCCUAACCCUCCCCAGUCAGCACCAUAACCACACGUAUCUAACCCUAACCCUCCCCAGAGUAGGCACCAUAACUACACGUAUCUAACCCUAACCCUCCCCAGAGUCAGCACCAUAACCACACGUAUCUAACCCUAACCCUCCCCAGAGUCAGCACUAUAACCACACGGAUCUAACCCUCCCCAGAGUCAGCACCAUAACCACACGUAUCUAACCCUAACCCUCCCCAGAGUAGGCACCAUAACUACACGUAUCUAACCCUAACCCUCCCCAGAGUCAGCACCAUAACCACACGUAUCUAACCCUAACCCUCCCCAGAGUAGGAACCAUAACCACACGUAUCUAACCCUAACCCUCCCCAGAGUCAGCACCAUAACCACACGUAUCUAACCCUAACCCUCCCCAGAGUAGGAACCAUAACCACACGUAUCUAACCCUAACCCUCCCCAGAGUCAGCACCAUAACCACACGUAUCUAACCCUAACCCUCCCCAGUCAGCACCAUAACCACACGUAUCUAACCCUAACCCUCCCCAGAGUAGGAACCAUAACCACACGUAUCUAACCCUAACCCUCCCCAGAGUCAGCACCAUAACCACACGUAUCUAACCCUAACCCUCCCCAGAGUAGGCACCAUAACUACACGUAUCUAACCCUAACCCUCCCCAGAGUAGGAACCAUAACCACACGUAUCUAACCUAACUCUCCCCAGAUUCAGCACCAUAACCACACGUAUCUAACCCUCCCCAGAGUCAGCACCAUAACCACACGUAUCUAACCCUCACCCAGAGUCAGCACCAUAACCACACGUAUCUAACCCUAACCCUCCCCCAGAGUCAGUACCAUAACCACACGUAUCUAACCCUAACCCUCCCCAGAGUCAGCACCAUAACCACACGUAUCUAACCCUAACCCACCCCAGAGUCAGCACCAUAACCACACGUAUCUAACCCUCCCCAGAGUCAGCACCAUAACCACACGUAUCUAACCCUAACCCUCCCCAGAGUCAGCACCAUAACCACACGUAUCUAACCCUAACCCUCCCCAGAGUCAGCACCAUAACCACACGUAUCUAACCCUAACCCUCCCCAGAGUCAGCACCAUAACCACACGUAUCUAACCCUAACCCUCCCCAGAGUCAGCACCAUAACCACCACGUAUCUAACCCUAACCCUCCCCAGAGUCAGCACCAUAAACCACACGUAUCUAACCCUAACCCUCCCCAGAGUCAGCACUAUAACCACACGUAUCUAACCCUCCCCAGAGUCAGCACCAUAACCACACGUAUCUAACCCUGACCCUCCCCAGUCAGCACCAUAACCACACGUAUCUAACCCUCCCCAGAGUCAGCACCAUAACCACACGUAUCUAACCCUAACCCUCCCCAGAGUAGGAACCAUAACCACACGUAUCUAACCCUCCCCAGAGUCAGCACCAUAACCACACGUAUCUAACCCUAACCCUCCCCAGAGUCAGCACCAUAACCACACGUAUCUAACCCUAACCCUCCCCAGAGUCAGCACCAUAACCACACGUAUCUAACCCUCCCCAGAGUCAGCACCAUAACCACACAUAUCUAACCCUAACCCUCCCCAGAGUAGGAACCAUAACCACACGUAUCUAACCCUAACCCUCCCCAGAGUCAGCACCAUAACCACACGUAUCUAACCCUCCCCCAGAGUCAGCACCAUAACCACACGUAUCUAACCCUAACCCUCCCCAGAGUCAGCACCAUAACCACACGGAUCUAACCCUAACCCUCCCCAGAGUAGGAACCAUAACCACACGUAUCUAACCCUAACCCUCCCCAGAGUCAGCACCAUAACCACACGUAUCUAACCCUAACCCACCCCAGAGUAGGCACCAUAACCACAUGUAUCUAACCCUAACCCUCCCCAGAGUCAGCACCAUAACCACACGCAUCUAACCCUAACCCUCCCCAGAGUAGGCACCAUAACCACACGUAUCUAACCCUAACCCUCCCCAGAGUCAGCACCAUAACCACACGCAUCUACUUAUUAUGUAUCUACUUGAUAUUAAAGAUGUAAUACUCUUCCAAAUGGUGAUUCUAACCUCAUUCUGUUUCUCUCUCUCUCUCUCUCUCUCUCUCUCUCUCUCUCUCUCUCUCUCUCUCUCUCUCUCUCUCUCUCUCUCUCUCUCUCUCUCUCUCUCUCUCUCUCUCUCUCUCUCUCAUUCACUAAUUCACUCACACUCUCUCUCUCUCACUCUGGCUCUCUUUCUCUCCCGCUCUCGCCCCUUUUCUCUCACUGACUCAUUCACUCUCUCUCACUCUCACGCUGUCUCUCUCUCCCCAUUCUCUCUCUCUCUCCUCUUUCUCUCUCUCUCUCUCACUCAGGAUGGUCUGGUGGAGAUCGAGGCCGUGGCUGUUCUGGGACCCAUCUCUGACUCCUGUCUAACAGGCCAGGGCAUCAACAAGCUGUAAACUAACUAACCUGGAAGUGAACGUUUAACAGCCUUGAAAUUGUCCCAGUUUAAACAUUAAUUAAAUUAACCCAAACCACCGCUAGACUUCGGCUAUACUGCCCAGACAUUCCAAGGCCUUGAAGAGGCCAAUACAAGCCUUACCCAAAGCCAUAUACAGGCCUUACCCAAAGCCAUAUACAGGCCUUAACCAAAGCCAUAUACAGGCCUUACCCAAAGCCAUAUACAGGCCUUAACCAAAGCCAUAUACAGGCCUUACCCAAAGCCAUAUCACCCUUUAAACCCAAAGCCAAAAAACCUUACCCAAAGCCAUAUCAGGCCUUACCCAAACCAUUACACCCCUUCCCAAAGCCUUACACCUUCCCCCAAAGCCAAUACGGCCUUCCCCAAACCCCUAACAGGCCUUUCCCCAAAAGCCAUAUACGGGGCCUUAAACCAAAGCCAUAUACGGCCUUACCCAAACCCAUAUACGGCCUAACCAAACCCAAAUACAGGCCUUACCCAAACCAAACGCCUUAAACCAAAAGCCCCCAAAAAAAAAUUUAAAAAAAAACACCCCCUUUACCCAAAGCCAUAUACAGGCCUUACCCAAAGCCAUAUACAAGCCUUACCCAAAGCCAUAUACAAGCCUUCCCAAAAACCCAUAUAAAAAGCCUUACCCCAAACCCAUUACAAGCCUACCCAAAAGCCAAUACAAGCCUUACCCAAACCUAAAGCCUCCCAAACCCAAAAUUAAAACCAAACCAACCCAAAAGGCCAUUACGCCUUAACCAAAACCCAUAAAAAGCCUUUAAAACCCCAAACCCAUAUCGGGCCCUUUUACCCAAACCAUAUCAGGCCCUUAAACCAAACCCCUAUACAGGUUUAAAACCAAACGGGCCAAAAAAUAACGGGCCCUUUAAACCAAAGCCAUAUACAGGCCAAACCCAAAGCCUAUACAGCCAAAACCAAAAGCCAUAUACAGGCCUUACCCAAACCUAUCGGCCCUUUAAACCAAAGCCAUAUCGGCCUUACCCAAAGCCAAAAACACCUUUAACCAAACCAUAUCGGCCCUUUACCCAAAGCCAAAAAACAGGCCUUACCCAAAGCCAAACACCCCUUCCCCUAACUUAAAAAUUUUAAAGUCCAAAGUUAAUUUUCCCCAAAAACCUAAAGGGUUCAAAAAAAAAAAAAAAUUAACGAGGGGAAAGAAAAAAUCCCAAAAAACCUUCCCCUUUCCCCCUUCGGGCCUACCCCAAACCAAACGGCCUUAAAAGAAUCGCCAAAAAGUAACCCCCUUAACCCAAAUAUCCCUUAAAAAGCCUGCCUAAAAACCAAACGGCCUUAAAAAAGCCAUAUAAGGGGCCCUUAAAAGCCCAUAACGGUUAAAAAACCCUUACAAAAAAAAGCCUUUAUAACUUCCCAAACCUAUACCUUAACCAAAACCAAAAACAGGCUAAAAACCCCUAUCAGGUUUUUCCCCAAAGCCUAUAAAGGCCUUAAAAAAGCCUAACAGGUUCCCCGUAACAGGUUUAAAAAAGUUACAGUUUAAAAAAACCCAAAUUGGGUAAAAAUGUUUUUGUCUUAGUUUUUUUUCUUAAAUUUUUUCUCAAAAAGUGUCCCCCUAAAAUUGCCCCGAAUACAUAAUUUUACAUAUUUUUGUCCUUGGGGCCAUUUUAAAUUUGUUACAAGUGUGGUAGAACUUUUAACACAGAAAUAUUUUUUAAAAAAAGGUUUAAAAAGCAAAAGUUUUACGCAAAUCAUGAAUGUUUUAAACUGUUUUUUUUCAAACCCGAAAAUCAAAAAAUAAAUUUUUAAACCCAAAAAAAAACCCAAAAGGUUACGGGUGCCCUGGUCAAAAAGGGUACUGGUGGGGCGCUGGCAACAGGCGAAACGGGUGAAAAUUUUAACUUCUUCAUUUUCAUUUAAAACCAUUUAAAAAAUUAAUUCAAAUUUUCUUCUUUUCCAAAAAUGGGAGUUAAGGGAAAAAAAAAUCUUUGAAAAAUUUUUGGCAGUAAAAGGGUUACAGGGAGAGAAUUAUGAAGGUUUUUUAAAAAAGGGAAUAAGUUUAAAGGGGUUAGAAGAAUUUUGGGGAAAAUUUUUUAAAAAAAUGUAACAAAAAAGGGGGGAAGACGAUUUCGGGAGGAAAAAGGAAAAGGGGGAUAGGAACCCGGAAAAAGGGGGGCCCAUUUAAGGUUGGGGGUUAAAAAAUUUUCCCCCCAAAAGGUUAGGAAACCAUAAUUUUUAAAGAAACGGGGAAGACCAUUUCCCCUUCCCAAACUGGGGGGCUAAAUGAAAGGGGGAAAAAAUCAAUUUAGUAUGGGUGGACAUCCAAGAAAUAUGAAGCAACAAGUUCACUUUGUAUUUCAUGUAAAGAACCCUUCUCACCUGGUUGCAGCUGGCGUGGGUUCUGCUGUGGUCUCAGCUGCUUUUCAGGAAUGAGAACAAUAAAAAAUUAAAAUUAAAACACAAAGCAGUCAAAAACCUACAUUCACUAAUUGUUAUGUUUUGGGGAAAAAGUGUUAAGAAGCCUGGAAAGGUAAUCCUGAAAUAAAUCCUGAACAACAGAAGCUGCAAUGUUAACGGCCCUGAUAGGUCACCUGAUAGGUCCCCUGAUAGGUCCCCUGAUAGGUCACCUGAUAGGUCACCUGAUAGGUCACCUGAUAGGUCCCCUGAUAGGUCACCUGAUAGGUCCCUCUGCUGUGUAUAGUGCCCCUAAUGGCCCCUUAUGUGUAGUGCACUACUUCUGAUCAGGGCUCCCUAGGUUUGGUUUGGCAGGCCAUGAAUCAUUCUGCACCUCAGUAGAACCAGUGGUCCACUGUAAGGUCUACACCUGUUGUAUUCGGCGCAUGUGACAAAUAAAAUUUGAUUUGAUUUGAUUUUGACAUGAUCUGUCACAUGAUCUCAGUAUAUAUACACCUGUUCUGAAAGGCCCCAGAGUCUGCAGCACCACUAAGCAAGGGGCACCACCAAGCAAAUGGCACCAUGAAGACCAAGGAGCUCUCCAAACAGGUCAGGGACAAAGUUGUGGAGAACUACAGAUCAGGGUUGGGUUAUAAAAAAAUAUCAGAAACUUUGAACAUCCCACGGAGCACCAUUAAAUCCAUUAUUAAAAGAUGGAAAGAAUAUGGCACCACAACAAACCUGCCAAGAGAGGGCCGCCCACCAAAACUCAUGGACCAGGCAAGGAGGGCAUUAAUCAGAGGCAACAAAGAGACCAAAGAUAACCCUGAAGGAGCUGCAAAGCUCCACAUCGGAGAUUACAGUAUCUGUCCAUAGGACCACUUUAAGCUGUACACUCCACAGAGCUGGGCUUUACGGAAGAGUGGCCAGAAAAAAGCCAUUGCUUAAAGAAAGAAAUAAGCAAAUACGUUUGGUGUUCGCCAAAAGGCAUGUGGGAGACUCCCCAAACAUAUGAAAGAAGGUACUCUGUUCAGAUUAGACUAAAAUUGAGCUUUUUGGAAAACGCUAUGUCUGGCGCAAACCCAACACCUCUCAUCACCCCGAGAACACAAUCCCCACAGUGAAGCAUGGUGGUGGCAGCAUCAUGCUGUGGGGAUGUUUUUCAUCGGCAGGGACUGGGAAACUGGUCAGAAUUGAAGGAAUGAUGGAUGGCGCUAAAUACAGGGAAAUUAUUGAGGGAAACCUGUUUCAGUCUUCCAGAGAUUUGAGACUGGGACGGAGGUUCACCUUCCAGCAGGACAAUGACCCUAAGCAUACUGCUAAAGCAACAGUCGAGUGGUUUAAGGGGAAACAUUUAAAUGUCUUGGAAUGGCCUAGUCAAAGCCCAGACCUCAAUCCAAUUGAGAAUCUGUGGUAUGACUUAAAGAUUGCUGUACACCAGCGGAACCCAUCCAACUUGAAGGAGCUGGAGCAGUUUUGCCUUGAAGAAUGGGCAAAAAUCCCAGUGGCUAGAUGUGCCAAGCUUAUAGAGACAUACCCCAAGAGACUUGCAGCUGUAAUUGCUGCAAAAGGUGGCUCGAUAAAGUAUUCACUUUGGGGGAGUGAAUAGUUAUGCACGCUCAAGUUUUCUGUUUCAAAAAUAUAUAUAUUUUGCAUCUUCAAAGUGGUAGGCAUGUUGUGUAAAUCAAAUUAUACAAACCCCCAAAAAAUCAAUUUUAAUUCCAGGUUGUAAGUUAACAAAAUAGGAAAAAUGCCAAGGGGGGUGAAUACUUUCGCAAGCCACUGUAUAUAGUUGAAUAGAACCAGUGGUCCAGUAUAUAGUUGAAUAGAACCAGUGGUCCAAAAGACCAUAUAUACAGUACCAGUCAAAGGUUUGGACACACCUACUCAUUCAAGGGUUUUUCUUUAUUUGUAAAAUGUUCUAAAUUGUAGAAUAAUAGUGAAGACAUCAAAACUAUGAAAUAACACAUAUGGAAUCAUGUAGUAACCAAAAAAGUGUUAAACAAAUCAAAAUAUAUUUUAUAUUUGAGAUUCUUCAAUGUAGCCACCCUUUGCCUUGAUGACAGCUUUGCACACUAUUGGCAUUCUCUCAACCAGCUUCAUGAGGUAGUCACCUGGAAUGCAUUUCAAUUCAAAUCGAAUCAAAUCAAAUCCAUUUUUAUUUGCCGCAUGCGCCGAAUACAACAGGUGCAGACAUUACAGAAAUGCUUACUUACAGCCCUUAACCAACAGUGCAUUUAUUUUUAACAAAAAAGUAAAAAUAAAACAACAACAAAAAAAGUGUUGAGAAAAAAAGAGCAGCAGUAAAAUAAAAUAACGUAGCGUAAAAGGAUGGGGUGGGGGGGCAGUGCAAAUAGUCCGGGUAGCAAUGAUUAGCUGUUCAGGAGUCUUAUGGCUUGGGGGUAGAAGCUGUUGAGAAGCCUUUUGGACCUAGUCUUGGCGCUCUGGUACCGUUUGCCGUGCGGUAACAGAGAGAACAGUCUAUGACUAGGGUGGCUGGAGUCUUUGACAAUUUUGAGGGCCUUCCUCUGACAUCGCCUGGUAUAGAGGUCCUGGAUGGCAGGAAGCUUGGCCCCAGUGAUGUACUGGGCCGUACGCACUACCCUCUGUAGUGCCUUGCGGUCGGAGGCCGAGCAGUUGCCAUACCAGGCGGUGAUGCAACCAGUCAGGAUGCUCUCGAUGGUGCAGCUGUAUAACUUUUUGAGGAUCUGAGGACCCAUGCCACAUUCUUUCAGUCUCCUGAGGGGGAAUAGGCUUUGUCGUGCCCUCUUCACGACUGUCUUGGUGUGUUUCGACCAUGAUAGUUCGUUGGUGAUAUGGACACCAAGGAACUUGAAGCUCUCAACCUGUUCCACUACAGCCCCGUCGAUGAGAAUGGGGGCGUGUUCAGUCCUCUUUUUUUUCCUGUAGUCCACAAUCAUCUCAUUUGUCUUGAUCACGUUGAGGGAGAGGUUGUUAUCCUGGCACCACACGGCCAGGUCUCUGACCUCCUCCCUAUAGGCUGUCUCAUCGUUGUCGUGAUCAGGCCUACCACUGUUGUGUCGUCGGCAAACUUAAUGAUGGUGUUGGAGUCGUGCCUGGCCAUGCAGUCAUGGGUGAACAGGGAGUACAGGAGGGGACUGAGCACACACCCCUGAGGGGCCCCCGUUUUGAGGAUCAGCGUGGCAGAUGUUUUGUUACCUACCCUUACCACCUGGGGGCGGCCCGUCAGGAAGUCCAGGAUCCAGUUAGAGAGGGAGGUGUUUAGUCCCAGGGUCCUUAGCUUAGUGAUGAGCUUUGAGGGCACUAUGGUGUUGAACGCUGAGCUGUAGUCAAUUAAUAGCAUUCUCACGUAGGUGUUCCUCUUGUCCAGGUGGGAAAGGGCAGUGUGGAGUGCAAUAGAGAUUGCAUCAUCUGUGGAUCUGUUGGGGCGGUAUGCAAAUUGGAGUGGGUCUAGGGUUUCUGGGAUAAUGGUGUUGAUGUGAGCCAUGACCAGCCUUUCAAAGCACUUCAUGGCUACAGACGUGAGUGCUACGGGUCGGUAGUCAUUUAGGCAGGUUAUCUUAGUGCCCUUGGGCACAGGGACUAUGGUGGUCUGCUUGAAACAUGUUGGUAUUACAGACUCAGUCAGGGACAUGUUGAAAAUGUCAGUGAAGACACUUGGUCAGCACAUGCUCGGAGUACACGUCCUGGUAAUCCGUCUGGCCAUGCGGCCUUGUGAAUGUUGACUUGCUAAAAAGUCUUACUCACAUCGGCUACGGAGAGCGUGAUCACAUAUUCAUCCGGAACAGCUGGUGCUCUCAUGCAUGCUUCAGUGUUGCUUGCCUCGAAGCGAGCAUAGAAGUGAUUUAGCUCGUCUGGUAGGCUUGUGUCACUGGGUAGCUUGCGGCUGUGCUUCCCUUUGUAGUCUGUAAUAGUUUUCAAGCCCUGCCACAUCCGACGAGUGUCAGAGCCGGUGUAGUACGAUUCAAUCUUAGUCCUGUAUUGACUCUUUGCCUGUUUGAUGGUUCGUCGGAGGGGAUAGCAGGAUUUCUUAUAAGCGUCCGGGUUAGAGUCCCGCUGCUUGAAAGCGGCAGCUCUAGCCUUUAGCUCAGUGCAGAUGUUGCCUGUAAUCCAUGGCUUCUGGUUGGGGUAUGUACAUAUGGUCACUGUGGGGACGAUGUCAUCGAUGCGCUUAUUGAUGAAGCCAGUGACUGAUGGCGUACUCCUCAAUGCUGUCUGAAGAAUCCCGGAACAUAUUCCAGACUGUGCAAACAAAACAGUCCUGUAGCUUAGCAUCUGGGUCAUCUGACCACUUUUUUAUUAACCGAGUCACUGGUGCUUCCUGCUUUAGUUUUUGCUUGUAAGCAGGAAUCAGGAGGAUAGAGUUAUGGUCAGAUUUGCCAAAAGGAGGGCGAGGGAGAGCUUUGUACGCGUCUCUGUGUGUGGAGUAAAGGUGGUCUAGAGUUUUUUUUUCCUCUGGUCGCACAUUUAACAUGCUAGUAGAAAUUAGGUAGAACGGAUUUCAGUUUCCCUGCAUUAAAGUCCCCGGCCACUAGGAGCGCUGCCUCUGGAUGAGCGUUUUCCUGUUUACUUAUGGCCUUAUACAGCUCAUUCAGUGCAGUCUUAGUUCCAGCAUUGGUUUGUGGUGGUAUAUAGACAGCUAUGAAAAAUAUAGAUGAAAACUCUCUUGGUAAAUAGUGUGGUCUACAGCUUAUCAUAAGAUACUCUUCCUCAGGCGAGCAAAACCUCGAGACUUCCUUAGUAUUUGAUUUUGUGCACCAGCUGUUGUUUACAAAUAUACACAGACCGCCACCCCUUGUCUUACCGGAGUCAGCCAUUCUAUCCUGCCGAUGUAGCGUAUAGCCCGCUAGCUGUAUGUUAUCCAUGUCGUUCAGCCACGACUCGGUGAAACAUAAGAUAUUACAGUUUUUAAUAUCCCGUUGGUAGGAUAACCUUAAUCUUAGGUCAUCCAAUUUAUUUUCAAAUGAUUGAAGAUUGGCUAAUAGGAUUGAUGGGAGAGGCAGUUUACUCGCUCGCCGUCGGAUCCUUACAAGGCACCCCGACCUACGUCCACGAUAUCUCUGUCUCUUUCUCAUGCGAAUGACGGGGAUUUGCUCUUGUCGGGUGUCUGUAGAUAUCCUUCGCGUCCGACUCGUUGAAGAAAAAAUCUUUGUCCAAUACGAGGUGAGUAAUCACUGUCCUGAUAUCCAGAAGCUCUUUUUGGUCAUAACAGACGGUGGCAGAAACAUUAUGUACAGAAUAAAUUACAAAUAACGCCAAAAAACACACAUAAUAGUAGAAUUGGUUAGAGGGCUGUAAAACGGCAGCCAUCUUCUCCGGCGCCAUUAUGAAGAACAGGUGUGCCUUGUUAAAAGUUCAUUUGUGGAAUCUAUUUCCUUCUUAAUGCGUUUGAGCCAAUCAGUUGCGUUGUGACAAGGUAGGGGUGGUAUACAGACGAUAGCCCUAUUUGGUAAAAGACCAAGUCCAUAUUAUGGCAAGAACAGCUCAAAUAAUCAAAGAGAAACAACAGUCCAUCAUUACAUUAAGACAUCAAGGCCAGUCAAUCCGGAAAAUGUCAAGAACUUUGAAAGUUUCUUCAAGUGCAGUCGCAAAAACCAUCAAGCACUAUGAUGAAACUGGCUCUCAUGAGGACCGCCACAGGAAAGGAAGACCCAGAGUUACCUCUGCUGCAGAGUAUAAGUUCAUUAGAGUUACCAGCCUCAGAAAUUGCAGCCCAAAUAAAUGCCUCACAGAGUUCAAGUAACAGACACAUCUCAACAUCAACUGUUCAGAGGAGACUGUGUGAAUCAGGCCUUCAUGGUCGAAUUGCUGCAAAGAAACCACUACUAAAGGACACCAAUAAUAAUAAGAGACUUGCUUGGGCCAAGAAACACGAGCAAUGGACAUUAGACCGGUGGAAAUGUGUCCUUUGGUCUGAUGAGUCCAGAUUUGGGAUUUUUGGUUCCAACCGCUGUAUCUUUGUGAGACGUGGUGUGGGUGAACGGAUGAUCUCCGCAUGUGUAUUUCCCACCGUAAAGCAUAGAGGAGGAUGUGUUAUGGUGUGGGGGUGCUUUGCUGGUGACACUGUCAGUGAUUUAUUUAGAAUUCAUGGCACACUUAACCAGCAUGGCUACCACAGCAUUCUGCAGCGAUACGCCAUCCCAUCUGGUCUGCGCUUAGUGGGAAUAUCAUUUGUUUUUCAACAGGACAAUGACCCAACACACCUCCAGGCUGUGUAAGGGCUAUUUGACCAAGGAGAGUGAUGGAGUGCUGCAUCAGAUGACCUGGCCUCCACAAUCACACCACCUCAACCCAAUUGAGAUGGUUUGGGAUGAGUCGGACCGCAGAGUGAAGGAAAAGCAGCCAACAAGUGCUCAGCAUAUGUGGGAACUCCUUCAAGACUGUUGGAAAAGCAUUCCAGGUGAAGCUGGUUGAGAGAAUGCCAAGAGUGUGCAAAGCUGUCAUCAAGGCAAAGGGUGGCUAUUUGAAGAAUUUCAAAUAUAAAAUAUAUUUUCAUUUUUUGGUUACUACAUGAUUCCAUAUGUCUUAUUUCAUAGUUUUGAUGUCUUCACUAUUAUUCUGCAAUGUAGAAAAUAGUAAAAUAAAUUAAGAAAAACCCUUGAAUGAGUAGGUGUGUCCAAACUUUUGACUGGUAGUGUGUAUAUGGUCUUUUGGACCACUGGUUCGAUCACUAUAUGGACAGGCUAUUUAAAUAUACUGGACCACUGGUUCUAUUCAACUAUAUACUGGACCACUGGUUCUAUUCAACUAUAUAGUCUGCUGCCUUUUCCUUUAUCAGUUAUAUUAAUGGUCACUUUGCAUUAGACAAAUACACUAUCGAAAUGCCCAAUCCAUGUGACUUGGCAGUAAUUUGCAUUGGGACUCACUAAGUAAAUUGACAGGAUUAGUCAUGUAUUCCAUCCGCAUGGAACCUCUAGGGUCAGUGAGUGAUCACUCUAGGGUCAGUGAGUGAUCAUAUUAGUAACCCUGGUAACAGACAUAUCCCUAACCCUGGUAACAUACCUAUCCCUAACCCUGGUAACAGACCUAUCCCUAACCCUGGUAACAUACCUAACCCUGGUAACAGACCUAUAACUACAACCCUGGUAACAGACCUAUCCCUAACCCUGGUAACAGACCUAUAACUAACCCUGGUAACAGACCUAUCCCUAAACCCUGGUACAACCUAUCCUAACCCUGGAACAGACCUAUCAACCCUGGUAACAGACCUAACCCUGGUAACAGACCUAUAACUCACCCUGGUAACAGACCUACCUGGUAACAGACCUAUCCCUAACCCUGGUAACAGACAAAACCCCAAACCUGGUAACAGACCAAACCAAAACCCUGGUAACAGACCUAUCCCUAACCCUGGUAACAUACCUAUCCCUAACCCUGGUAACAGACCUAACCCUGGUAACAGACCUAUCCCUAACCCUGGUAACAGACCUAUCCCUAACCCUGGUAACAGACCUAACCCUGGUAACAGACCUAUCCCUGGUAACAUACCUAUCCCUAACCCUGGUAACAGACCUAACCCUGGAAAACAGACCUUUUUAAAACCCUAACCCUGGUAAACAGACCUAUCCCUAACCCUGGUAAAAAUACCAAAUAACAACUAACCCUGGUAAAAACCCUAUCCCUAACCCUGGUAAACAGACCUACCCUAACCCUGGUAACGACCUAAACCCCUGGUAACAGACCUACCCUAACCCUGUAACAGACCUAUCCCUAACCCUGUAACAGACCUACCCUGGUAACAGACUAUCCUAACCCUGGUAAACAACCUAUCCCUGGUAACAACCUACCCUAACCCUGGUAAACAGACUACCCUAACCCUGGUAACAACCUAUAAACCCUGGUAACAGACCUAUCUAACCCUGGUAACAGACCUACCCCAAACCCCUGGGAAUAACAAAUUUACCUAUAACUAACCCCUGGGAAACAGACCUAUCCCAACCCUGGUAAACAUCCCUACCCCCUAACCCUGGUAACCAGAACCUACCUACCUGGUAACAGACCUAUCCCUGGUAACAGACCUAUAACUAACCCUGGUAACAUACCUAUCCUAACCGGUAACAUAUAAAAAACCUAUCCCAAACCCCUUUAAAGCCCUGAAACAGACCUAAAAACCUGGUAACAAGCCCUAACCUGGUAACAGACCUAUAACUUAACACCUUUGGAAACAGACCAAACCUAACCCUGGAAACCCUUUACCUUAACAAUAACCAACCCUGGUAACAUGAUAUCGCCUAACAAACGGAAAACAACCUAUCCUAACUCGGUCACAAAACCUCCCACGCGGUAAAAAGACCUCUAGCUACUGGUUCAGGGGCCUACCCAAACCGGGUUUUAACAGACCUAACCCGGGUUUUACAGACCUUUCCCUGGUUAACAGACCUUUAAACUACUGGUCGGGGGUCCUAUCCUACCCUGGUAACAUACCUUUCCCUCCCCCUGGUAACAGACCCCUACCCGGGUUUCGGGCCACUGCGUAACAGCCUUUCCAGGUACAUACCUCCCUACCCGGGUUUUAACUCCUACUCCUACCUGGUAGGGGCAUACCUCCAAACCGGUUCAGACUGGGCUCCCUACGGGUUUUCGGGGGUAACUGGUACAGCUAG